AAAAAGAAAAAGAUAGAUAAACUAAACGAUCAAAAACCCAAAACCCCACAGAAACCAUCUCGUCGUCUUCACAAGAAAAUGGCUCUAUCAUCUUCUCUGCUUCAUCUUCCUGUUUCAAAACCCUUAAUUUAUCCUCUUAAGCGGCACCCUUUUUUACACUUUAAAGCUGCAUAUACCUUGUCAUUCACUAACGAUAAUAGCAAUGUCAACAGCGGUUCAUUUGCUGCAACAACAGCUUUACCUGCCAAAGCUGCUUCUUCUUCUAUCUUCACCACAACAACAGAAGAUGAAAAAGAAUGGGAUGAGCCUGUCGAUUCUGUUAACAUUGCCGACGAUGUGACGCAGUUGAUUGGGAGAACUCCAAUGGUAUAUCUCAACAAAGUAACAGAGGGCUGUGUGGCAAAUAUUGCUGCUAAACUUGAAUCUAUGGAACCUUGCAGGAGUGUCAAGGAUAGGAUUGGUCUUAGUAUGAUAUCUGAGGCAGAAGAAAGUGGAGCAAUUUCUCCUGGAAAGACUAUAUUGGUGGAACCAACAAGUGGAAAUACCGGACUUGGUAUUGCAUUUGUUGCAGCAACUAAGGGAUACAAACUUAUAGUCACCAUGCCUGCAUCCAUAAAUGUUGAAAGGAGAAUCCUUCUGCGUGCAUUUGGAGCUGAAAUUGUUUUAACAGAUCCAGAAAAAGGUCUAAAAGGGGCUAUUGCUAAAGCUGAAGAGAUUGUCCUCAACACACCAAAUGCUUACAUGUUUCAACAGUUUGAUAAUGAAGCCAAUACAAAGAUACACUUUGAAACUACAGGACCAGAAAUAUGGGAGGACACUUUGGGUAGUGUUGAUGUAUUUGUUGCUGGAAUUGGUACUGGUGGUACAGUAACAGGAACUGGGCGUUACCUGAAAAUGAUGAAUAAAGAAAUUCAGGUUGUUGGAGUGGAACCUGCAGAGAGGAGUGUAAUCUCUGGAGAAAAUCCAGGUUAUGUCCCAAGCAUCUUGGAUGUUAAGUUGCUUGAUGAGGUUGUCAAGGUUACCACUGAUGAAGCUGUUGAAAUGGCAAGAAGAUUAGCACUGGAGGAAGGUUUGCUGGUUGGCAUUUCAUCAGGAGCUGCUGCAGCUGCUGCAAUUGGCUUAGCAAAAAGGCCUGAGAAUGCUGGAAAACUUAUUGUAGUUAUGUUUCCAAGCUUUGGUGAGAGGUAUAUACCCACUGUUCUUUUCCAUUCUAUACAUGAAGAGGUUCAAAAAAUGGAAACAAGAUAGUGUAAAGUUUCUCAUAUGGUUCAGACUGCCGUAGACCUCAGUCCUCAUAUAUUCAGAUGCAAGCUGGCCACUAUAUUUCUUGAUAGGUGCAAUUGUCAUAUGAAGGAUGCUUGUACUUUCUGACAAGUCUUUGAAGUAAUGCAAUGUUCCAGAGUUUCUCUAAGGCAGGGUAGUGCAUAAGAGGUUUCUCUAGAUUAGUGGAUUUCUUUGUUCAUUGAUAUUGACAACAUUUUUAGUUAGAGAAGCACAUCAAAAUGUUUUGGCAAGUGAUAUGCAGCUCAGUUUAUUUGUUUCAGUGCAUUUUUCUAGCUGUGUAGAUUAAUGCCAGGCCCAAAGAGUUAAGAUAGCUAUCUAUUUGUAGGAUUGGAUUUUAAACUGGUUUCUUACACAAGUAAUGAUCUGUGCAAGCAUGUUGGGUUAAGGGGAUGAGGUUGCACAUAAUUGCA